GUGGCCACGAAAACCAACCACAGUCCGAACAUGACGACCGGCUCAGAAUAACAAGAAGGUCCCGUUAACUGUUCUGUGACGUGUGCACCAGCCGUCAACGGACGAGGGUGAGGAAGAUGAUUUCCGGAGAAGACCUUCAAAGCGGCGAUACUACAGGUCUACAGAGCGUCAUUCGCUAACACGAAGAAGAAGCUGUAGACAACAUGGCGAAGAACCAACGUGGGAGACAAACAGAGUCCGACUCAAAGACGAGGGGCAACAGCAAAAAAGAAGCAGAAAUGUCAAGUUUCUCACUAAAUUCAAGUGACGACGAGGCUCCGGAGGAAGUGACGUUUGAAGAGUCGAAGAGUGAUGCUCUGCGCUGCCUGAAGGAGACGUUAAACACCGUCAGACGGGAAAAGGAGCAGCUGAAGGAGAAGAGGAGGAGGAGACAGGAGCUCUUCCAGGAGCAGAAGAAGCGCCGCCUCCUCCCGGCUGACGUGCUGGAGGAAAUGGACUCCCCGUGGUCAGGGAAGCAGACGCAGCCUGAGGACCAAGAUGAAAAGAAAGAAGAAGAGGAGGAGGAGGAGGGGCAGGAGGGCCGAAGAAGAAAGACAAAAAGGGGGAAAAUGUCACAUUCCCGGAGUCUAAAGGGAAACUACAAAGUGGCGACGUUGAAGGAGGACACCGCAGCUUCCUACCAGCAGAGGGCAGCACAGGACUUCAUCCAGUCCAGACUUUACGGACCUGGAAGCUGCAGGACAACAAACAGUGAGCUGCUCUCCCUCCAGAAUAAAAGUGGCAGGAAUAAAGCAGCAGCUGUUCAGUUUUUGAAGAAAGACUNAGCCUCUGAGCAGAGGGUCAAAGCAGAGAGGCUGAAGAAGCAGUGGAUCCACAAACAAGGACUUCAGAGCAGCUGAGGAACGUCCUGGUCCCCUCAGUCCUGGUCCCCUCAGUCCUGGUCCCCUCAGUCCUGGUCCCCUCAGUCCUGGUCCCCUCAGUCCUGGCGGAUGACAGAGAAGGAGAAGGCGAAAAGGUCAGCACUGAGGUUGGACGGUUGUGGGCGGAGUGACGGGCGUCGUGGUGUGUUGGACAGAAACCCUGAUCCAGGAGGUCCUGGAUCAGUCUUCCUUGAUCCAGGUGUGGAUCUGUUUGGAUCUUUGUGAGGUCUUUGUUUUGUUUGCUUUGUUUUACAAAAAUUAAAGACAAAAAAAAAA